CGCCAUAAUGUUUUCGAGUUUUUUCACUCAAAUCUAGUAAUAUAGAUUUUGCCUUAAAAAUUAUUGAAAAAGUUCUAUUUAAACUAGUUUAACCGGAUUAAAACUACUUUUAAAGCUAGGCGUACGUGCGGGUGCAUGCGUUCGAGUAGAAAUUAAUUCGCUAUAACUUACCAAUGAACAUCUGACGGCAUGGUUAAAAUGGCCGCAACCGAGGAGCAAGAUAGGAAAAUAGUGCUGGAAUUCUGCCAUCUGUUGGAGAAGUCGAAGCAGCUGUUCAACGGUCUGCGUGAUCUUCCUCAGUACGGACACCGGCAGUGGCAGGCAUACUUUGGGCGCACCUUCGACGUGUACACGAAGCUGUGGAAAUUCCAGCAGCAACAUAGACUAGUCCUAGAUUCUAAGUACGGAUUGAAGCGAUGGCAGAUUGGAGAAAUAGCUAGUAAAAUUGGACAGCUCUACUAUCAUUAUUACCUUAGAACAAGUGAAACAAAUUAUCUGAAUGAGGCAUAUUCGUUUUAUUCUGCAAUAAGGGGACGUGCGUAUUACUCCCGUGCAAUCAAAGAGGAUCGACCGGAUCUGAUGGUUAAGAAAUUACGUUACUACGCUAGAUUUAUUGUUGUUUGUUUACUGUUGAAAAAGAUGAAACUAGUGAGAGAAUUAGUUAUUGAAUUAGAACGACAGAUACAAGAAUACACGACAACGUACGAACCCGAAGAUCAACUCGAGUGGUCGCUUGUGUUGGACGAGAUCAAGGGAUUUAUCAAAGCAGAGGCGGCCGUCGCGGUUCUUCAUGCGGACUCCAAUCCCAUCGUUCUGUCGCACAGCGGUUCUGGUUCUAGGUUAAGUCCCCUGACGACGCCGCCAUGCGAGCGGACACCCCACAUGACUCUCAGCCUUCAAGAGAUACUGAUUGUAGGGUCUGCAUGUGAGCAGGCCAAAUUCUCGGAGCUCACGAUGGACAUGUUCAGAAUGCUGCAAACUCUUGAACGGGAACCAACAGAAUCAAUGCAUCCACUGACGGGCCACCCAAUGAGUACUCAUGGUGGUCCUCAUGAUGCCAGUCCUGCAGCUAGUAGAAUGCCACCGUACGGUGUACCAGGGUCCAAAGGGUAUGUGGAUAACGGGGAUAGACGAGGAAUGCGUGAUAACCCUCAUAAGUAUUUGUUGUAUAAACCAUCGCUCAGUCAGCUCAUGGUGUUUCUAUCGAGUGGGUUCAAAGAGUUACCACCAGGAGGAGCGCUACUGUUGUACAUGUCAGCGGAUGGGUGUUUCUCGACUACGAAACAUCCUCAAGAUUAUGGGUAUGAAUUGGGUGGAUUAGCAACAAGUGUGAAAAGGGAUGCAGUCGAUGGAGGGCUUGCGAUUAGGGGAAAAUCCAGCGCCGGCUAUAAAGAACCACAUUGUCUCUAUCCAGGAGAUCUAUAUCCCUAUACGCGCAGACCACUGUUUAUAAUAAUCGAUUCGGAUAAUUCGUUUGUGUUCCAGCACAUACCGAGGUAUUUUGGUCAACCACUUGUGAUAUUGAUGUCACCGCAAGACGUCCCAGCGAAUUUUCAAGGUAUGAAUAUACAACAUCAUGGCUCCCUGUUCACCCUAUUUCUACAUUCUCCUAUGACCGCUAUAUGUUACAUUUGUAACGUUGGAGAUGUUCCCAUUCAUCACUGGGAACGAUGUCAGAAUUAUGUGGAUCGAUUCGUGACAGAGGCAUCUCGACUGGUAACACGAUGUAGAAUGGAUGAAAUAGAACAGGGAAUAGGAUACAUAGAUUCGUCCUAUGUUCAAUUUUUCGGGGAUGAUUUUCUUCGCACACUAAUUCUUCGGUUUGUGUUCUGUGAUGUCACUUUACGGCUACAUCGUGGGUUUCGUGGGCGGCACCAACGACCUCGCUGUGAGCCACCAUUACCAGCAGCAGAAUUAUUGGAACAUCCAUCAUUAGCUCACAUCAUACUACAACUGGCGUCAGCGUUAGACGUUAGGGGUCACUUUGUUGAGGGUCCCGAAGGCGAUUGAUGGAUGAGGAUAUCCGAACGGAAAAUGGUUAAUCAGUUGAGUAGUAUCGAAAAGCUCAGUUACGUUGUUGAUGACCUACUGCAGAGAUAUAAACCGUUGAAAAAGAAACAGGGGCAACUCAUCGGUAAGCGUAACAUUUUCGAUACUUGUUCUCCGAUGAACUGCUACAAGUUUGUGCUUGCACUGACACUCGUCGCUAGUGAAGUGAUCGAUGGUGGUGGUGAUCGUAUGAAAUGUUGUUUAGAGAUGCGAUACUACGCUAGAACGCUUUUUAUUAUUUGAUCACUAAUAUAUCGAAAGUAGGUCGCCAGAACAUGUGUAAAUUGAGACGAAGUGUCGAACAUAGGACAUACAAAGGAUAUAACGGAUGCUUUGUUACUAUUUCUAUUUAUUUUAUGUAUGUUUAUAGCUUUUUACGCUACUUGUUGUUACUUAUACACUAUAAUAGAGCAAAGGGUAUGGCGAAAUCGUAAUACGGAAUGUGUAUUUUGUAUUCCCUCUGCGAUACAUUUUCACAAAAUAUCAGUAGAAACUCACUCGCUAUCGCAACUGAUAUGUAGAUCCACAUAGUAGGCAGAAAACAAAUCGUCUCUAAGGCUGAUCGGAUGGAGCUUUGAAUAAUUUACUGAAUUAAAUUAAAAUAUGGUGUGUAAGACAUUCGGAUUCUAUCAGUUAAAGAUAUAAAAAAUGAUACCGGAAAGACUUGACUGAGUAGAGUUUUAUUUUGUUAGUAACAUGAUUAUUGAAUUUUUUUGAGAAAAACGAUUUAUAUUAUGUUCUGAAAACAUAAACAAAUCGUGGAGAACUUUUGUCAAAGAUGGGUGGACUGAUUUUCACAAAUGAAAAUGGAUCCGUAAUUACAAGGAGAUUUGUGCAAAAUAAAUAAAACAGAAUACACUCAAUUCACGCUUCACGGACUUUCGCUAAUAUUGUUUCAAGUAAAAAGACCUUAGGAACCCAUAGCAAAUUACUUCAUUUCAUUCAGCUCCGAUUUCCUGUUCUGGGUUAGUGCAUAAAUUUCCUUUUGCAUUUUCCAAAAACUUGCUGAAACUCGCUCGUGCUUUUUUCAAUAUUAGAUAUCUCACCUUCAAAAAUUUUGAAUUGGUUGUAAUUCAAAUCAGCUUUCAACAUGAAUUCAUGAACAUUGUUUAUUUAUUGAGUCGAAUAUUAUUAGUUAUUUGCUUAUCUCAUAUUUUGGUGAUGGAUAUUUAAUCUGAUGUCAAAUUAAUCUGGCAAAUCAAACAUCUAUUUCGAAAAUUUCACUCCUCUUCUUUUCUACGACCCAUCGAAAUCAUAAAAUUGCAUCGACGCCUUCAGUUGUUUAUUGAACUCUAAAAAUGAGCGGUCAUUGGAACCACAUCCACUGACUGAUAAUUUCUGAGUGAUUGUUUAUGUUGACUUUCAGUAAUCUUGAGUUGAUUUCUGUUUCUAGCUAUGUAACAUUUUCCAAUCAUUUCUUUAUAAGGUGAAUGAUCGCAGAACAUGACUGCGUAUACAGAAAUAUUCUGUUUAAAACUCUAUAAAAAUGCUAUCAGCCCAGGGCAAGUGAAACUGUUUAUUGCUUUAAUUAAUAUUACAUUUUUCAAACUGAAGUAGAAGGCUCUUUCACCGUUGCGAUAAGAAAUAUCCGAAUUUGUUUAGUACAUGAUUUUAUUUCUUUAUUAUUAUUAUCAAUUCGUAAUAUCCAUAAUACGAAACUUGUGCAUUUCAAUGAUUUUUUCAUAAAAUUAGAGAUCAUCAAAAAAACAUCAAUCAUAACUGAAGGUUUUAGUAAUUUUCAAAGACCUCCAGAAUUCUAACAAACUUUGUUUCGUGAUAAUUGUCACUAUUGCAUUUAGAUUACAAAUUUUACCUUUUGAUAAACUAGCAAUAAUGCAAAGAAGAGUGACAAUAUUUGGUUAUUGUGAUGGAUAUUAUUGUCAAUUGUGCAUUAUCCGACGCCUACGUUUCGUGUUAUAUUUAUCAUGACUUGUCAUACUAUACCGAAGCGCCAACAGCAGGCCCUGGUUGCCAAAAAGAGGACACACUUGGGUAAUUCCAGAAAUUAACAACAGAAAAUUAUUCAUUUUGAUCGAUACUUGGCACACGGGUUUAGAAUGGAAAACCAUUUAUUUUCCACGGAUGGAUAGACGGAUCCAACCCAAGACUGAUUUUUUAAAAUGAGUGUAUGUAUUUUUGCAUGCACUUUCAUCAAAUCGGGAUAGCUCGGACGAAAAUAGAAUUGAUUUUUUUUAAUAUUGUGGAAUUAAAUGGAAUUUAUUUUCCUUUAAAGCGAAGUUUGACUUGUUCAAAUUGAGCAAAUUAACAAAAAAUCGAGUUCUUAGAUUUUUAUGUUUAAAUAUCUCGAGAACGGCUGCUUCUAGGAGAAUGGUUAUAAAAGCAAAUUUAUUUUUUUCAACUGGAGAAUUAUAUUCAAAAGUCAAAAUGACUAUUUUUUUAAAUCAAAAAUUUGAAGUUUGGCAAGAAUUGGUAAGUUGGUUCAGCUUCAGCAACUUUGUACCAACAUAUGAGCUUUAUAUUAAGUCUUAAAAUAAAAUUGUUUAAAAAAAAUAUUAAAGCAACGCUUUUUUUAUUUUAGUUUCUAUGUUGGUUUUCUAAUUUUUGAAAAAGUAUUCAACUUUUGUCCACAGUUUAUACUUUUAAGAGUGUUCAAACGAUUUCCUACAACUUGUUCUUGGACACAAUUUUUGUACAAUUUACAGUUUCCGAGUUACCAUAAUUUGAAGAAAGUUCAAGCACAAAAAACAUACAUCCGUUUUAAAAAAAUCAGUCUCAAGUCGAAUUAGUCUCUGCAUCUGUGUAAAAUAAAUGUUUUGUCAUACUUAAAAUAUGUGCAAAGUUUCAUCCGAAUUGGAGGAUGUGAAUUCUAAGGACUUGCUAAUUAUUUUUGGAAUUGCUCACUUCUUAUUAAAAUACUUUCCUUUUAAAAAUGGCAUACCAAAAAAACUACUAUGUGUUAACUUUUAUUUGAAUCAAUAAGAUGAGAGUGAUAAUCGUGAGUUGAGCACUUUAUUCUGCCUAUCACUGUAUGUACUUAGGAUUAGCUUUGAAUCGUUGCACUGUUUUCUCUGAAUGCUGAAAAUUUUGUGAUGAGCAUAAUGAGUAAUUUCGAAUUGUAUACUUUUUCAUAUUUGUAUAGGGGAAGGCAAAGCGGGGAUUUUUUGAUUUAAUGAUAAUUUUUAUUAUUUAAUGGAGAUUUUUAUUGCGUAUAAAAAUUUGCAUUGUUUUUAGUAACUGAUAACUCGACUAAAAACUAUUUUUAUCUCAAAUAUUCGUUACGUACAGUAAUUGUUCAGAACCAAAGAAACCAAUAUUCCGUAAACAAUUGAUAACUAAAAAAAUAUUUAUUUUAUUUAUACAAAAACUGUUCAAAAAUUACAUCGAGUAGAAAAUCAAUUUUUGCAUACGAUUUCGUCGAAAAAUAAAUAAUUGAGAAAACGACUACAAUGAAUAUAAAGUAAAUUGAAUUCUUUAUGGCGCAUCGGAAUUGUAUCAGUAUGUUUUACUAGAGUUUGCACCGCAAUAACCUUACUUUGCCCGAGAAAACGGUUUUCUUUCCGAUUCGUAGCGAACACAAUAAUGCUCAGAAAUAAACAAACAUAAUAUGUUAUUGUAGCACAAAAGAGAGCACUAUGGAAUACUACGAAACUUAUUUUUUCAAUAUGGAUUGAGAUCUAAAAUUGAAAAUUUCUAGCGAUUGAAAAUUUCGAACGAUUACAACGACACACCGAAACAAAAUACUAGUGUCAUAAAUAUAAUACUUCUACAAGAAAAUUUACGAAAACGCAAGGUAAAGUUCGAGGGUGUCUCAAAACGAAAUUUUAUUUUUUUUUUCGAUUGCUGGCCCCAGAAUAUAACCAGAAGAGAUAUCAAGAAAUCCCCGCUUUGCCCCGCUUUCCCCUAAGGCGAGAAACUGAAUGAGUGUCACUUGACCAUACUAAUAUCAUCAAUGGUUGUUACAAUGACAGUCGAAUAAUUUUUAUUUUACCUGCGUGUUAUUCGAAUACUAUACAUAUUUCGAUGUGUUAUUCAUAAGGGUUCUUUCAGGUUCAAGAGAUAGGAAAAGUCUGUGAACCGCUUACAUUUACUGCUCAUUAUCAUCAAGUCAUUCUAGUUUUAUAUAAUGUAAAUUUAGAAGUACUUUACAUUUCCUAUAAACAAACUGUAAGAUCUCUCUUUUUUCGUUUGAAUAAUUGUUCUAAUAUUUUCAUGCGUUCUUGUAUUUCACCGCUGCAUCUGUUGUUUUAUUAAUGUAGGUGAAUUUCGCUGAUGGAUUCCGAAAAUACUCACACGCCAUUUACAGAUACUAUUUAGUCGUAUUUGUAUAGUUAAAAUACUUAUUUGAUAGACAGAAAAGGUGUUAAGUGUGAUUUGAAGAUUUUUUUCACUAGGAGGCAAUAGUUUCACAUCACCAACGGUUUCAAAUUUUUUCAUUAUCUAGGAGGCCAUUUCAUAGUUCGCCAGCUUGUUGAAGCUUUGUUUUAAACUUCUACCGCACACUUAUCAAUUCCUUUUGUAAAGAACAUUUUAUGUACACAUGCUGAAUUAUAUGACUAGAAAACUAAAUAUUUAAGUGCAAUAAUUCACCAGUAUGGAAAAAUACCCAGCCGAUAUUUGGACAAUAUAAACGUGUGAUCACUGCCGCUAUAUCGCUUCAUUAGAAAAAAAUAAAUAAAAAUGAACAAAAAUAAAUUAGAUCCUCUUGAAUGAAUUUCGCUAAUGAAAAGAUCCGAUAUAUAAAUCAUUAACAACCGAAACGGUGAGAAAUAACAAACAACAAUGUAUUGGAGGAAAAAAGUAAGAAGUAUGAGCUAUUGAAUGGAGCAAUGAAACAAAGAAAAAAAUUUAGACGCAUUAUACACGUUGCAAGAAUCGGUUCUCGCGUGGAUAAACACUAAAAAAACCAAAGGAAAGUAAAACAAAGUAUAGAUUUUUUAGGAAGUGCUGUAAGGUCAUGUGGAUACAGAUAUAGAUAGGGAAUUAUAUAUAUUUAAAAAGGUAUAAUUAAUAGGCUAAUUAAAAGAAUAGCAACGGUUUAGCGUGUAUUUAAAUGGAAGUAUAUAGAAUAUAGCUCUUAUUUUUUUUCAAAUUUUCGGUUCACUCAGAGUCAUAGGAGACAGAAUAUCGACAGCCAUAGCAUUAUAUAGCGUAAUGUACUUGAAUAAAUAAGAAAGUUAAAAGCAGAAUGCGAGUAGUGAAUGUCUUGGUAACACAUUCUUGUAGGCUCUUAAACUAUGAAGAGAAAUAGGAACAGUAACGAACCGCCCUCCCAUCACCCGAACCUGAUUAGGGUAUUCGCCCACUCUACACCUGAUAUCAAAAGCAUAUGUACGUGCGCCAUAUUUUCCGUUCUCGCUUUAUUUGUUGGUAAUCGAACAGAGAACAAUGAAUAAUGACAGUUUUGAUGUUGAAUAGAUGAUCAUGUCACUAGCACUAGUAAUGCUAAAGACAAUAUGGAACAGAAGCUCACACUCAAUCAUAAUAGUAAGUCGAAGUCCCUUAAACUCUAGCAGUACCAGAAAUGAUAAAUGAGUAUUUGCAAAAUAAACCACGAAACUGACAGUACCCACACCUGAAUUAUCGAAACUGUAUAAAACAACUAAAAUAAAUUGGAUUCAAUGUAUUGAGAAGUAAGUAGUAAGUUAUACUACACGAUGUUAUUUGAUUAUUGGUAUACGUUGAUUUUAUCUCACUAAUACUUUUGAUGAACAGUCUACUUCAACUUUAAUUAUCGCCCGUUUUUGUAACGCCUCAUAAUGUGCUGUCUUAUUAAAUUAUUUUUAAAUUCAUUCUGAAAUUGGUUACGAAUACUUUGUUCGGUACAAAAUAGUUUUAUAACUUUUGUUACAGUAUCCUACAGUUCUUUGAAAUAUAAGAUGACAGAUUGAAUAUUGGUUCGAUUUAACAGAACACUAUGUUAUUUGCAUUUUUGUUAGAUUUUUGUUCGAAAUAAUGCAGUUCUAACCGUUUGGUAUAAUAUGUCAACGGUUUUAUUGGAUUGCUGAAUUCUUUUUCUCAUGAGUUAGUCUAUAAAAUAUGAUCAGGCAGUUAUAUUGAACUUAACGUCUUGAUGUUAUCUUAGGUUCGGUACUGUAAGUGUCGUGUGUUAACUAAAUGUGGCUGAACAGUAAAAUAGAUAACACUGGUAAUAACUAGCUUAAAUGUUUUGUUUUAUUUACAGCAUAUUUACAAUUGCCUGAUUUUCCAAUCUACUUGUUCGUUGAGUGAAAAAUCCGCCUUUCAAUCACUGCUCUAGAGCAUAAUUAUCAAAUCACAAAUUGUAGAAUGAAUGAUAACAAAAUCUAAAGAUCACUGCCCUGUGUGUUUCAUUAUCUAAAGUGAAAAAAUUCAAAAUUUGUCGAACAUGCCAUAAGUCGCAACUUUAUUUGUAUAAUGAAACAGGUUGAACCGUGUGACAUAAUAUUUUGUUAAGUUUCGAAAAAGGAUUUUUUUCGUCAGACCGUUUGAUAAUCAGAAAUAUUAAAGAAUUCAUAACAAUGCGCGAUGCGACAACCAAAAUGUGUCGACAAAUAGAAAAUACAAAUGCAAAAAAUAAAACAAACGAUGAUACGUGAAAUAACGCACAUUUUACAUAAACAUCUACUGAAUAGUCUCAAUACAAGAAAACAAAGCCAUUACGAUCGUUAAAAUUAAACACAACGCAACAGUAAUAUUAACAUAUAUACAGUGCUACAUACCCCAGCAAAAAUAAUACUAACACGGCGACUUUUAUAAUUUAACAUGAAUUCUUCUUCUGAUUGCUCUUCAAAAUGGUUACUUUGAUUUUAUGUGGUGAAAGCAGCAACAUCGUAAAUAACACUGUAGCAUUUGCUGUGUCACAAAAUCGGAAACAAUGUACGAUCCAUUUUCGAAACAACCAACACAAACAAACGUACUCUGGUAACAAAUCUUAACAUAUGUCUAGCCGAAGAAAAAGCAAAUCAUGCAUAAACAAAAGCAAACACUCAUUACUACAUCUGCAAUGAGAUCGAGUUUAUAAUAUUUGAGUACUCCUUGGUUCUAACGAAUUCUGAUAAAAUCAAGAAAAUUAAAAUAAUAUGAGAAAAUGUUACAAAAAGUCUGAAACUAUAUAAUAAAUAUAAAAAAUAACAUUAAAUACUUUAUUAAAGUAUAUAUUUAUUAUCAAGGUUAUACAUAAUGAGCUCGACGAGUAAUAAACUCUGACAGCGGAAAGCGCUAGGAGAAACACUACACACAGAAAAUUUUAAGUCGGCGCGUAUUUAUCAACUUUUUAUUGACAAGAAGAACAAGUGAAAUGCGAAAAAUUAUUGUAAACAAUAAGUAUAAUAAUAAUAAUAAAUAGGUGAACAGUAUAUGAAAGUAUUACAAACCAACAAAUUGCUUGUAUGGAACCGAAACAAAUCGAUCAACCUAGCGAAAAACACUAUAUUUUUUCCACGAUUUUUUUUUUGUGUCAAUCACUAAACAUGACAUAUAAUAAUGUUCAUAACAUCAUCAGUAGGAAAAGAAACAGAACCUUUCGAAAUUGGAUCAAUCACUACAAAACUAAAUGAACUAAGACAAACAAAAAAACACGGUUAGCAUAUUACGAAUUCUCCCACUUUGUAUGAACAAGCAUUCAUAAUGGAAUGAUUGUGCUAAACAGGAAUAUUAGAUGUUCGAAGAAAGCAAUCUAUUUUUGUUUGGACUCGAAUGUAAUAUGCUCACUUGGAAACUUGUAGCUUUGUAUCCAAAUAAGCCACUUUCGUUUAUUGGAUCGAAUCUUCCAUUGUCAGUCACAUUGCUUUCCAUAUGGUAGCUCGAAACAGUGCCAUAGUUGGUAGUUGCCGAAAAGUAAUUAGAAAGUUGAAAAUGCGUAAGUUGAAACAAAUCGGUAUAUCUCCCACACUAUCCCAACAUGAGCAUAUGACAUGCAUACAUAAUUAUAGUGUAAAACUAAAAAAGCGAUGAAACUUCUUUGGGUUUCUUCAAUGUCGAUACUGUACAUUUUGUAUUAGUCCUAAGUAUUUUUUUAAUUUAGAAACGCUAUUAAAAACGAAACCGGAAGCAAAAAAAAGAAGAUAUAAUAUAAAAUUGAUUAAACCAUAGUUAAA